AUGAAUCCUCAUGAGAUCCCUCCGCCUUUUCCACACCAAGUUCACCCUCACUUGCCUGAUGGAGCAACACAUCCGUUCACAGAGUCCUCAAUCUUGGAUGUUCCUCACCAAGAACCUCAAUGGACCACCCUCACGACUAAGCCAACGCAGAACCGAAUAAUCGAUGUACCUGCGGGCUCGGGAUCAGCGGAAAUUGACUGCUUGAGAAUCUCUGGUGAUAAAUUUUGUGCCACUGCAAUUCAAUUGACUUCUUGGGGAAGUGUGCAUAGAGUGCUCAGCGUCCCAGCAGAAUCGCCAUUCCAAAGGGCAAGUGAAAGCACCCAAGAAGUCAGAACAAGAUCAAGCGCACUCUCCCUCCUUGAUCAAUCUCAGGGCCCACCACUCAGCCUCAGCACACGACCUCCCUCUCAACUGACAUCAUCAACGCCUGCAACGACAUUUCAAACACAAAUUCUCUCGCCAUUCCUCCCGUCUCAGACAAGCGCAAAUGACCUCAACCCUUCAGCGACCCAGUUGCCGACGGGCCAGCUUCAAACGACACCUGUGCUCCCUGCACCGACCUCGAAUGAAAUGGAACAUUCGGGGACUCGCCAAUCAGGACCAAUUGUGGCCUAUGUCAUUUUGGGAGUAUUCUUUGGCUUUGGGAUCAUUUGUGCGCUGGUUACGAAUCGUAAGAUCAUCAACUGGGUGCAGGAGUCGGUUAGGAAAAGGAGGGAGUUGGAAGAGGCACGGCGCAAGGUCGAAGAGCAUUGA